UGCUCGCUCGAGCGGCUGUAGCUGCUAAUGGCGCCAUCGAGUGAAGAGUCCGCUUCUUAUUUACGCCAACUUGAAAUCGCGCGAUUUCUCUAACGGCACUUCUCCUUUAUUUAAAACCCUGCCUAUUCUCUUCUCUUCACUUCACUUCACUACAUCAAAUCAAUCCGUUCAAUGUGAGCAGCGAUGACAAUUUUCUGGAGCAGUUGUUCGCUUACUCUCCUAGUAACGAUUGCGAUUCUCUUACUGGACCUACGGGAGUCCUUCCAUGGGUUGAAAAUGAGACAUCCGAAGCCCCGGAUGCCGUGAACAGGCCACCAUCGUUGCCCGAUGAAAACCUGGUGAAGUCGUCGAGCCCGAUCUUCGGUGGAAGCCGAGAAUUAGUUUGUGCUAUCUCAGCGGAAACUAAAGGAAAAGGCACAAUGAAACGGUGCAGGCGCCGGGGACCCGGGGAAUCAUCACCUUCAAGGAAGCGAUCAAAACUGACAAGGGAAGCAAAUAAUUUCGGAAAGCUUAUCGAUGGAAAAUCUGUGGCGGAGAGUGCGAAAAUUUUAACAGAUCGACUCGCCAGAAAGAUAAGCAAUGACAGGGCUGCAGAUAUGGCAAGUAUCUUAUUCGUAGUUAAGCUGAUGAUGGAUUCAAAUUCCUGUUAUCUCUUACCACAAGUUCUCGGAUCACUCGAUCAAAUCAAAAUACACUGGCCAAUGCGACUUGAUAUCCCAGUGCGAUCUGAUAUCCAAGUCAUAAAGCAAAAUGUCAAAAGAAUUGAGGACGAGUUCAGGAACAGCCGUUUAUCAGAAGCUCAGGCCAAGCUGGAGUUGAUCAAAGAGGAAAAGGUGAUGAAAAACUUAUAUCAACAACGAGAUGAGGACUUGAAAGAAGUGCAGAAUCAAGUUCAGAAGCUUGAGGCAAUGUUCAUCGAUAACAUGGAUUUCAGCGUGGAGACUUUAAGAACAAUGGUAUGUUAUCCAUAUAUAUAUAUAUAUAUAUCUUGUAUAUAUUUAAGUGUAGACUCCAUAAGUAUUAAAGUGAUUGACCAAAAUAUUCUUACGAUUUAUACAGUAAAUAAACUCCGAAUCUGAAUCUUCAAAUUUUAAGUUUAUAAAGGUAAGGCUACUAUAAAAUUAUGACUUGUUUCUUAUGUUGGUUGUGCUAGCUUGCUUCAUUAAUUCCAUGG